AUGGCUCAAGACUCCGCCUCUCAUAAUCCAAUCGGUGUUUCGUUUGGUAAUCUGACGGAACCACCACCACCCGUCGAUGAGGAUACGAAGAAGAAGAUUUCCGAAGCCACAGAGAAGGAUCCGACAGGCCAAAGUCGAGGGGGUCCGAGUAAAGAGGAUUUUGAAAAGUCGGAAAAGACCUUGAAUCUUGAGCGUCAGCGCGCCGAGACAUCGACCAGGUUCGCCCGGACAAACCAUUGA